ACGAUCAGUACAAAUAUCCCACCUGGAAUGCCCGAUCCAGACACGCGAAUCCUCCAAUCUGCCCUUGCCGCCGCCGCCGACGGAUCCAGGUCUGUAGACUGCUCACUCCUCUACGCUCCGCUCCGAAUGGCCCGCACGAAGCAGACGGCGCGCAAGUCGACCGGCGGCAAGGCGCCGCGGAAGCAGCUGGCCACCAAGGCGGCGCGCAAGUCGGCCCCGGCCACGGGCGGCGUGAAGAAGCCGCACCGCUUCCGCCCCGGCACCGUCGCGCUCCGCGAGAUCCGCAAGUACCAGAAGAGCACUGAGCUGCUCAUCCGCAAGCUCCCCUUCCAGCGCCUGGUCCGCGAGAUCGCGCAGGACUUCAAGACGGACCUGCGGUUCCAGUCGUCGGCGGUGGCGGCGCUGCAGGAGGCCGCGGAGGCGUACCUGGUGGGGCUCUUCGAGGACACCAACCUCUGCGCCAUCCACGCCAAGAGGGUCACCAUCAUGCCCAAGGACAUCCAGCUCGCCCGCCGCAUCAGGGGCGAGAGGGCUUGAGCUGUCGCGCUGCUGUUCGUCGUUGUAAUAUUUGAAGAUGGCGGGUUCGUUUCAUGUCGUGCUUAUCGUGGAUGUGUUGCCCUCACUGAAUGGAAUGCGACUGCCCUUGUCCGAAAUUAAUGAAUGCCCUUGUUCCUUCAAAGAUUUUGGUGACUUGUUUAAUGGGCACAGUGUAGUCGGAGGUCGCAGGCAUACCAUUAUGUGACUUGUUUACAUGGUUCAAUGGCGUGUUGAUUGCUUGCAAUGGUCUCAGGCAUACCAUUAUGUGAA